AUGAAGGUCGCAGGUUUACUCUGAACUUAAAGUUAAAUCACAGGUCGAGGAUUCUGCCUAUUGCUAAUGCAGUCACCAAGGAUCCCCUUGGGACUCAUCUCUUUUUGACGGUGAAAGGGAGAGUUUCUUCCAGUUAGAUAACUCACCAAGCGAAUUACGGCUAUCGCACUACCUUCCUCUUCUUCACACCUGAUGCCAUGCCAAGGUGAAUUAGGGUUCCGUGUCUUUGUCUCCUCCUUGUCUUGUCGGCUCCAGUGUUGAGUGGGAAUGAUAUAGACUUCUACGGCAUACUGCUUAGGUUGAUGAAGAUUGGCUGCACAAAAAUCCCAAAAAAUGGAAUUUCUGGUGGGGCAAAAAGGAAAAGUAAAAAGCCUGGGUCUAACUCAGGAAGCUGUCGAAUGGUCUAGGCAUUGCCUGUAGACGCUGCUGGGCUUCCCUUUCCAACUCUGAACCUCCUUUUUCCCUCGAGGUAGAAUCCAAUCCUGAAAGCUAACUAGGGCUAGGCUCUGCACAUUGCCAGAAUUGCUUACCCAGCAUUGCUGCCGAUUUCUGGAUUGGCAAAAUCUUACCGGAUAUCAUUAAAUAGUGCUCGAAAGAAAUCGGCGUAGCAGAUGCAGUAGCGCUGAGGCGCCAUAUUUAAUUAUAUUCUCAGGUUUACUCAGUGGAGGGAUAAAUUCUGUAUACUCACUGGGCAGAGCUAUUGCACAUGGCCACCAGCCUUUAUGUGUAGCUAGUUUAUAUGGUGGUCAUAGCUCUUCUUUAUUGUUUAGAAAUAUAGAUAGAACUCUUUUGUCUGCGAUUGCCAGCUCAAUAGAGCUUCCUCAUGUAUCGAGAAAAGUCUUAGGGAUGAGUUUAUGCAAGGACUUGAUCUAUAGUCUUUUUCCUUGUAUUUAUAUCCAAAUUAAAUAUAUUUUUUAAUAAGAAAUUAUUGGAAAAUUGUAUAUAAGAAGACAGAAAAUGAUGAAGUUGAAGACCUUUAUGAACUGCUAUUGGAGUUAAAAUAUAAAUAUCCUCAGGUAAAAGGGAUCGUAAGUGGGCUAAUUUUAAGCGACUAUAAGAGGCUGAGGAUUGAAGAUGCCUGCUCAAGGCUAGGGUUGGUCAGUAUAUGUCCACUUUGGAGAGCCAAUAAGAGAGGGUUACUGAAGAAAAUGGUUGAAGAAGGAUAUCAAGGGCUGGUAACAAGGGUUUAUGAUUGGAAUGAUAUUAAAGAAUAUGAUGGAAAAUCGACUGGGGAACUGUGGAACUUUUUGGAGAGCCAUAAAGAAAUAGAAAAAGAUAUAAAUUAUAAGGGUGCUAAUUUUCUAUCAUUUUUUGAAAAAUAUUAAAAAAAUAUAUUUAUAAAUUCCCGUCCUAUUAAUUAUGGGCUAAAGAAAACUUACGAGACCUUCGCUCUUGAUGCUCCAAUUAUGAAGAAAAAGAUUGAAAUCAAAAAAAUCAGCAUCGGAGACAGCUCAAUUCAGCAGUUUAUUGUUAAGCAUAAACAAACCAAUAAAGCUGAAAUACUUAAAGAUGAUGAGCCUACCACUUUUCCUCAGUUUUUCCAGCGUGGCAAAUCUUUUUACACCGGAGAAAUAUCAGCAGAAUCUUUAAACACAACCCCAGAAAACUUAGACGAUGAAAUUUUCACUGUUUUGAAAGGACUAAAAGAAAUGCUUCAUGCCCACAAUUUUUCAAUGCAGGACAUUUUCUACGUCAAUGUAUAUAUAUUUUUUAUUAAAUUUUUUAUUAAAAAAUUAAUUUUUUUUUUUAAAAAAAAUUAAAAAGCCUUGUAUAUAUGAAAGAUAUGAGAGAUUUUGAGCGUUUUAACUCAGUUUAUGCAAUGUUUUUCAAUUUCCCUAAUCCUCCAGCUAGAAUAUUCUGCGAAUAUGCAACUCAAAAACAGAACUUAAAAAUAGCUGUAAAAGGCUAUAAAGGACCUAAAAUCUGCACAUGGGUGAGAAGCAUAACCCCUUGGUCAGUUGCAAAUAUUGGUCCUUAUAGCCAAGCUUUUGACGUAAAAGGGAUUUUGCAUAUGGCAGGAGUGAUCCCAUUGGUUCCAACAACAAUGGAGAUGUCACAUGAUCAGGUUUCUACCGCACUAAGAAACAGUGAAGCCAUUGCAGGAGAGAAUGGAUUUAAGCUGACAAAUUCAGACCUUUGUUUGGUUUAUUAUUCUGACUAUAAGCCUAUGAUUAACCCUGAGCUGAAUCCUUUCUAUAUAAAACCAACCAAAAUUCCUAAAAAUUCAGACAUUGAAUUUGAAUUCCACUUAAGAGAUACUGGGACGAUGCUUGAAAACUCAGAAGUCACAAUUGAAGGAGAAGGAUAUCAUGCAAGAAUCCAAAAAAGAGAAAGCACUGUCAAGCUGUAUCUGAUUUGGUACGCCCAGAUCGAAAACGAUACAAAUCCUCUGAAUUUAAUUCAAAAACUCAAAAAAGACAUUGAAGAUUACGUCAAAAAAAUUAAACGUACAGAUAAGGUGGAAGAUUUAGAAAAAUAUGUGAAUGAUGUAAGAGUAUACUCACCAGACGCAGAAAAGUACAAGCAGGAUUGGUUCCUCAACGUCCCAGCUGUCUUUAUUGAUACAGAAACUAGAGGAAUCGUUAUUUCAGUUCAAGAUUUCAAUAACUAA